UUUUUUUCAUCUCUUUGUUUUGAGUUUUCUCUCAAUUCUGCUGGUGUGUAAUAUCCAGCUUGGGAUCUCUGGUUUAGUGUGUAAUAUCUAGACCAGUGUCCUUGGAGUAUCAGGAGGCGAGCCAUCUCUCUUGUGUCCCACAUCAAUCCACAAGCCUUGAUACAGAUCGAGUCUUUGAUUCUCUGUUUGCAAGGAUUAUCUCUGUGAUCCAUCCUAGACACCAAGCAGGGUGAUCCUGUGUCUGUGGAGCAGAAAAACAUCUUUAGAGCAUCCCAUAGCUCUGAGGAGAAGACCAUAUCCAUCAUCAUUCAUCUACCCACGCCCCUUCAAGUGAUCCAGGGAGAGACAGUCAUUCCAGGGCUGCACCACUGUAUCUUUUAUGACCAUCAGCAACUGGAUCGGUGAUUAAGACUACUUGCUCUUUAAUGUUUCAUGGUUACACAGUUAGCUUCAGGUGGAACUAUAAAUGCUCCACGCCUUCCUCCCCUUACAUUUGGAGAGAAGUUUGAGGAAGUAUAUCAAGUGAUCAUGAUUCUGGAUGAUCGAGAACAGUUUGCAACUAAUGGGAAAAAAAUUGAAAACAUAUGCUCUAGAUACGAGAUCAAGAUUGAGGUUAGAAGAUUACCAGUUGGGGAUUGUAUCUGGAUUGCUCGUCAUAAGUAUCUUGGAACUGAGUAUGUUCUGGACUUUAUUGUUGAGAGAAAAAGCGUUGAUGAUAUGCGCUCAUCAAUCAUAGAUGGUCGCUACAGAGACCAAAAACUUAGACUUCAGAGAUCAGGACUCAGGAAGCUGAUGUACAUUCUUGAAGGGGAUCCAAACCAGUCUGAAGCAGCAGAAAUCAUCAAAACGGCUUGUUUCACGACGGAGAUUCUAGAUGGAUUUGAUGUGUUAAGGUCAAGUGGGCUUAAAGAUACGCUAAGAAAUUAUAGUGAUCUCACUAAAUCAAUACACCAAUACUACAAGUCACGGGUGAAUGGUGACCAGAACAAAGUUGUGGCCUCGUGCCCUUCUUUUGAUAGUUUUGUGAAAAGGUGUCAAGACCUUGAGAAAAUGACGGUCAGCGAUGUGUUUGCCAUUCAGCUCAUGCAGGUCCCUCAAGUAACGGAGGAAAUUGCUAUAGCUGUUGUUGAUAUGUUCCCGACACUUGUGUCUCUUGCUUCUGCUUAUUCUAAUCUAGAUGGGAAUAAGCGGGCGCAAGAAGAGAUGUUGAGGAACCGAAGCAAGAAUGUAAUAUGUGGAACAGCUAGUAAGAAUAUAUUCAAACUAGUUUGGAGUGAAUGACUUCUACACCCUCUGAGUUUGUCCUUUUGACCUUUUUUGUCUGUCUAUUGAGAGAGAGAGAGAGUUAUGAAACUGAUUAGCUGUUUCGCUUAAGUGACAUUGAUCCUACUUACACUAUCUACUUUUGUCAAUACGCUGAUCCAUAUAACUAUAUAAGUUUAGCUUUUG